AUGGCUGAUCAUAAGACAUGUCCAUCCCUUACGAGGCAUUCCGUAAGGAUAGCUCAUCGACGUAUCGAGCCUUACAUCCGCCGUACCCCGAUCGCUACUUGCGAAACCAUAGAUCGGCUUGCAAGCACCGCACAGGUGGACAGAAGCGAAGGGCAACCCGUCGGCCCAGAGAAAUCCACUGGCACGACCACCCUCAGCGUCAAGUUGUUCUUCAAGUGCGAGAAUCAGCAACGUAUAGGCGCUUUCAAGGCUCGUGGGGCGUUUCACGCUCUGGGAAGGUUGAUUGAAGAGGAGGGGUUGGAAAAUGUUCGCAGGAAGGGCGUUGUUACACAUAGUAGUGGUAAUCACGCUCAAGCACUCGCCUUAGCUGCAAAGACGCAUGGCGUUCCCGCACACAUCGUCAUGCCUACUAUCUCCACCCCUAGCAAGAUUGCAGGUACUCAGUCACACGGUGCUAACGUGAUAUUCUCUGGAUCUACGUCCGAUGAGCGAGAAGCCGUGGUUGCCACGGUCAUCGAGAAAACAGGUGCUCCUCUUGUGCCGCCUUACGAUCACCCAGACAUCAUCCUGGGUCAAGGAACGCAAGCACUGGAGCUGGAAGAACAAGUAGAAGAACUCCUGAAGAAUGAUCUGAAGCAUAGCGCUAACGGAAGAACGAGUCUCGAUGCUGUGAUUGCGCCUAUAGGAGGUGGGGGAAUGCUCUCCGGAAUCGCUGUCGCGCUGCACGGAACUGGCAUCAAAGUCUUCGGCGCCGAGCCGAACUUUGAAGGAGCGAACGAUGCUGAAAUGGGCUUGAAAGAGAACAAGAGGAUAGAAAAAGUCAAGACGUUAACUAUCGCCGACGGUCUCAGGACGCCUGUGGGAGAGAUUCCCUGGGACAUCGUUUCGGACAGGGAGAAAUUAGAGGGAAUUUAUUCUGUCAGUGAAGAAGAGAUCAAAGCUGCCUUGAGACUUGCUAUGGAGAGAGCCAAGCUGUUUAUUGAACCGAGUGCUGCUGUGCCUCUGGCCGUGGUGCUGUAUAAUGAAGAUUUCAGAAACAAGCUGGCCCAGCUCGCUGGUCAUGAGGGCAUCAAUCUCGGGGUGGUGUUGAGUGGUGGUAACACGACUGUCGAAGCUAUUGCUAAGCUUUUUGCAUCAAGUGAUAGAGAGGCGGGAAAGGUCAGUGCCGACGGAAAACAGGUUGCUGAGAAUGUUGCUGGAUAGUAAAUGAGACUUGGUGCAGCAUAAGAAUGGGAGGCAUCAAAUAUGAUGGGGCAACCUGCCUGCCUAUAGCAUGCAGGCUCCAGCGAAGGGCAUAAAAUACCCGAGCUCAGUAACCUGUGAGUAGCGCCAUUUCGGCUAGUGGUGAGCGUAAUGCCAAGGGUUUGAUAGGCACACUGAGCCUGAC